AUGAGGGCUUUCGUUGGUUGGUAUAUAUAUAUAGACGUAAGGGCAUUAGAAUUUUCCAGCCUCGUCUCCUUCACAACCUCUCCACAAAGAGCCGCACCUUCUUAUCACUUUCUUGUCAUUCGAUUCGAUUCCUUCAGCCUUGCGUUCCCUUCAACAUCUUCUGCAGAAUCCUGCAAGUUCUGCAGUAGCAGAUUCCAAGGUGAAGGUGUCACGUUGAAGUUUCUUUCAUGUUUGAACGGGCUAUUAUCCAUUCGGGAGCAAUUGAGUUGCUUGGAGAGUGUUUUUCGUCUUCCAGAAAAAAGAACAGGCCGGUGCCAAGAAGGCUCAGCUGUAUGCAUCGUGCACCUUAUCAGGAACAUUCUGAUCUCUGUAGUUGCUGUUUGCAGCCCACAGUUUGUCAAGGAGGCAUCUGCCACCUUUGUUGUCUAG